CCGGGGAUGCUUGUGACAGGCUGGGGGAACAUGUUGAUACUGCAAAAUAAAUUAUAUGAAUGGUGACAUAGGUUCUGUGCAUACUAGUCUGCAUCUUGGUCCAUGCAAAAAUAUUCCUUGUUGCAAUGACUAUUUCCCAGCACAUACACUUGAACGCUUUCAGCAUAACUGAAGCAGUUCCUUCUAAAAAGCAGGGGCAAGGAGCAACAUCUGGCUGGCAGCCGCACAGAACAAUGUAGCCAAGAUUUUCACAAUGAUCACUGCACUUAAAUUUAGCUUAGUUGCAAUGUUAGCCAGCUAACCUAGUAGUGUACCAACGAGGUGAAUAUGCGGAUACAUUAAUACACAAAUAAAUAUCGUAAUUUAAAUGGUGUUGCAGUUACAUAAUGGCCGUUUUCCCUACACUUCCUGCUCUUUAAUUUCAACCAUAGAUUCCCAGAUUUGAGGUUCUUGUCCAACAACAAACAGGAAACAGAUAUCCCAUAAAAAUUACGGAUAUAUCGCUUGGCCAUAGAGGUCUCACAAAACCCCAGCACUAACCAAUCCAUUUAGAGAAGAACGGCGGGACUUCCUGUUACGUGCUUGUUAGCCCCCACCCCCCUUUUUUGUGUUUCCCUCACCGUCAAUCAAAAUAGAAAAAAAUCUACCCGAAUUCACCGAUCAACACAAGCCCGCCUUUGAUAAAAGAUAAUCAUGUUCGGAGUUUAGUUGAUCAGAUAAUCUUUCGAUUAUUACAAUUCACGAUAUGACUGGUACAUAACAUUUAACCAAUCGAAGCAUACAACCAACCGCCUUUUAGGAGCGGAAAGCUGUGAGAAAAUUUGUGUUUUGCUCAGUUUUCCUAUCUCUCCAUGCUAGCGCCAGAGCAACAUUUGAAACAAGAGGAAAUGGCUACCGCGGACGUGGAAGGCGGUCAAAGCGAAUUCCUACAGCACGGCGGAGCCUCGGAAAACCAGACCACAGACAUGACAGCCAUCCAGCUAACAGGUUCAGACCGUUGGGAGUUGUUAACCCCGGUCUCUACAGGGAAGGAUGCGCAGCAGGGAGUCGUCCACAUUCCUAACUCUGGCAUGAUGACCUCUAAUGGCCAGUAUGUUCUCCCUAUCGGGAACAUGGACAGUCAGCCCAUCUACGUCACAGCAUCUGGCAACGACGGCUCAGCCAACGGAGUGUCCAGCAUACAAUACCAGAUCCACAACUCCGAUGGAACUCUGGCAGGCUUCUCUGCGCAGGGAUUGGACGAUGGCUCGGGCCAAAUCCAUCUCAUCCAGGACGGUAGCCACGGCAAUAUCGGAAUCAGCGUCGCCACGACGACAACCUCUGACCUCCUAACGCAGGCUGGGCAUAUGCAGCAGAUUCAGGGCUUGUCAUUGGCAGGGGGCACGGCCUAUAGCGGCGCGGUUCCCAUGGGGCUGUCGGGGGGAAACAUAACUUUCCUCCCUAUCAACAGCAUCGACCUCGAAUCGCUAGGGCUUGCCGGCGCUCAGACGGUUCCCAUAGCAACGACGACCGACGGUCAGCUGAUCAUGGGCAGCCAAGCGCUGGACGGGCAGGAAGGUGGUUCCAAACAGCUAGCGACGCUAGUUAGUGAGGCUAACGGUAACCCAGACCUCUACGUGCCAACAACCUCCUCCUCAUCAUCCCAGCUGCCUGAAACCAUCGACGGGACGGGGGUUCUGACCCAAGCUACUGCCGUGUCUGCCGGGGUUUCAGACCCAUCCUCAGAGAACUACAACUCCCACAACCACCUGCAGCAAAUACAGGUGUCCACCUCUAAUGCCUCGUCCCUCUCCCAGCCCAUCCUCCAGCUGUCGGGGGACAACCAGGGGGACCAGGGACAGGAUCUAUCCCAGUCUGGGCAGACGCUCCAGAGCGUCCAACUAGUCAACCCGGGAACCUUCCUCAUCCAGGCCCAGACAGUCACUGCUUCAGGACAGAUACAGUGGCAGACCUUCCAGGUCCAAGGUGUCCAGUCUCUGCAGGGCCUCCAGCUCCCCCAGGCCCAAGGGGGCCAGCAGCUGACUCUAGCCCCAGUCCAGGGCCUCUCUAUGGGGCAGGGAGGAUCCAUCACCCUGCCUAACCUCCAGACUGUUACAGUCAACUCGAUAGGACAGCCAGGGAUUCAAUACACACAGGGAGAGGAGGCCGGCAGUCCUGCAGACAUCCAGAUAAAGGAGGAGCCAGACUCUGAAGAGUGGCAGCUGAGUGGUGACUCCACCCUCAACCCCAGUGACCUCAACAACCUGCGUGUCCAGAUGGAUGACGAAGACAUGGACAUGUCCACCGGGGAGGGCAAGAGGCUGAGGAGAGUCGCCUGCACCUGUCCCAACUGUAAAGAGGCUGGAGGGAGAGGGUCGAGUCUUGGUAAGAAGAAGCAGCAUAUCUGUCAUAUCGUGGGCUGUGGGAAAGUGUACGGUAAGACCUCUCACCUCAGGGCUCACCUUAGAUGGCACAGCGGAGAACGGCCCUUCGUCUGCAACUGGAUGUUCUGUGGCAAGCGGUUUACCAGGAGUGACGAGCUACAGAGACACAGACGGACACACACUGGAGAGAAGAAGUUUGUGUGUGGAGAGUGUUCAAAGAGGUUCAUGCGUAGCGACCAUCUGGCCAAACAUAUAAAGACUCACCAGAACAAAAAAGGUGUGGCUUCCUCCUCAUUGUCUCCGCCCCCCAGCAACACCAUCAUCACCGCAGACGGAACCACCCUCAUCCUUCAAUCAGCUUCUGGCGCUCAUGACCUCCUAGGCAAUCAGGAGAUCCCUCUGCAGCUGGUCACCGUGGCGCCCGGUGAGGUCAUGGAAUGAGGGCGUGGCUUAUAGACUGGCCAAUAAACAGGGACCUUGUGGGCUUUUUUCUCCCCGUCCCCCCCUUUUUUUUUUUAUAUAUGAAUAUAUAUACGUAAAUAUAUAU